CAACAUGUGAAGUUUGGUGGCUCAAAUACUGCCCAUUCAAAAGGUUCAGAAGAAGCUCAGGGCAGUCCUUUUGUAAACAGCUCUGUACGAGAAGCUAGCAGACUGGUGAAUAGGGCAGACAGAAAGACUCGAGACAGCGUUAAGCAGAAACUCCUAAGAAGAUCAGCAAGCUUUAAGGACCUAAUGAUCCUCUUCAAUCAGCCCACUGCAGAGACCAGGACAGGAAUAAGGUCUGCAGAGUACAUGCAAGCUGCACUGAGCCUCGUCCAACGUAGGGCUCAUCACGUCCACAAACGCUCACAGAGUACAAUAUCAGAUGUUCAAUCAAACAAUGACCUCAGCCACAUCUUACAAGCUUCAGGCUGUUCACUUCUAACCAAGCUUCCAGUCUGCACUGAAGAAACUGAAUUCUACAGGACCAUCAAUGGUCAGUGCAACAACAGAAACAAUCCCUUACUUGGAGCAGCUUUCACCCCAUUGAAACGAUGGCUCGCACCUGAAUAUGAAGAUGGAAUUACACUUCCAAGAGGUUCAAAGAAGGGCUUACUAUAUUCCGGAUUCCCUUUGCCACUGGUCCGCCAUGUGUCCAACAAGAUAAGGAAUUUUCUCAAUAAUGAAACACCCUUGGACCUCAAAUACUCUCAGUUCCUUAUGCAAUGGGGCCAAUGGAUUGAUCAUGAUCUAAGUUUAACUCUUAUGUCUGGAGAAGGUAAUGUUGACUGUGGCACAAGUUGCUCCAAAGAAGCCCCAUGCUUCCCAAUUGAGAUUCCACAGGAUGAUCAUAGAAUUAUGGACCCAAACGGAUGUCUGUCUUUCUUCCGUUCUGCUCCUGCAUGUGUCACUCGCCAAUCAGCCAAAUACUUUGGAAAUCUUCACACACGUGAACAGUUAAAUGGUAUAACAACCUUCAUCGAUGCCAGCAUGGUGUACGGCAGCACAGAGGCCCAGGCAAACCUCUUGAGAGACCAAACAAGUAAUUUGGGUCGGUUACGUGUGAAUGUAGUCUUCACAGACAAUGGAUUGGAACAUUUACCAUUUAUAAAUGAUUCAAUGAACCCUUGUGCUCAAAAUCGCUGUCGGACAGCUGACAAUGAUCAUCCUGAUAUCCCCUGUUUCAUUGCUGGUGACACGCGUGCAAAUGAGAAUGUCAGGAUCACGGUGCUCCAUACAUUAUUCCUCCGGGAACACAAUCGCUUGGCGAGAGAGCUGAAGGAACUGAACCCACAUUGGAGUGGAGAAAAAAUCUACCAGGAGACGAGAAAAAUCAUUGCAGCAAUUCACCAGAUAAUUACCUACAGAGACUACCUACCCAAAAUAAUUGGCCCAAGAGCAAUGAGGAAAUACCUGCCCAAGUACAGAAAUUAUAAUAGUUCCAUUGAUCCAAGUAUUAAGAAUGCUUUUGCCACUGCAGCCUUCCGAUUUGGACAUGCUUCGAUUCAUAAAAUAGUGCCACGUCUGAAUGAAAGUUACAAGGAACAUCACAAAUUUCCCAAUUUAUUGCUGCGUAAUUCCUUCUUCAUUCCAGGGAAAUUGAUAUACCAAGGUGGAAUUGAUCCAUUUCUUCGUGGAUUAAUUAAAUAUCCAAACAAACUAAUGAAGCAAGAUAUCGUUCUUGUGAAUGACUUGUAUGAUCAUCUGUUUGAAAAUGUUAGUCAGGUGGCUGAUGACUUGGCUUCUCUGAACAUGCAACGAGGCCGGGAUCAUGGACUUCCAGGAUACAAUUCCUGGAGAAGAUUCUGCGGUCUUAGAGCACCGAAAAAUAAGAAGGAAUUCAGCAAAGUUCUCAAAAACCCAACAGUGGCAAAUAAUCUCAUCAAACUGUAUGGAACUCCAGAAAACAUUGACUUGUGGCUGGCAGGAAUCAUUGAACCCUUUGUGAAGCAUGGAAGAGUAGGCCAGUUGUUCGCCUGUCUGAUAGGAAAGCAAUUCCAAGAAUUGAGGGAUGGAGACAGAUUCUGGCAUGAACAGAAAAAUAUAUUUUCUAAAGAACAAUACCAAGCUCUUCUUCAGGUUUCACUGGCAAGGAUAAUCUGUGACAACAGCAAGAUUGAAUUUCUUCCGAUUGAUGUAUUCGAAUUAAAUCAAUUUCUGAACUGCCGCUGGAUUCCAAAGCUAGAUUUGAAAUUUUGGAAAGAUGUGAUGGUAGGGUAUCAUUAUUCAAACGUUGUACUGUCUAUUAAACAUUUUGUUCAACUGAGCAGAACUAAAUGA